UUGUUGUCUCGUGUUUUUUUCUUUUGUGACGCGCUCAGUCAAGCCUCUACUGUGAUUUAUUUAUGUUUACGGAACACAGUAUUUUGGAAGUUCCAAUGACUCAGACUGAAAAGUUUAAGCAAAAAUACGUCAAUAACCUAGUUUAACUACUGAACUCGCACGCACGGCAUUGUGUGUGAAAUUGGAACAAAGAAUUGCGUUGGAAGAGCUUCUGGCGUUUAAAAUUGCAACAUUCGUCUGGCAACCAAACCAAAACUAGUGCCAGACAUCGCGUACACAAGGAAUGUUCGAACAAAAAUGGAUGUAUUGUCAUGUUCUAUAUGAACAUUUUUUUUUUAUAUGGUGAUAUACAUGGUAUUAUAAUACAACACAUACCCACACACACACCCUCCGCAUCAGCCGAGCGUACCCGAGCCGACGAUGUUAAAAUCCAGCACGCAACAGCAAAAAAACAUCCUGAGCACCGUUAUCGGCGCAUUGCCUGACAAUCGACCGAUAACAUCGUUACAGCUGGUUGAAGAGUUUGAAAAAUGCCCCAAACACUUUCUGCCCAUCAACAAGACUUACGAUCAGGAUCAAGAUGCAGACUUGUGGCGCGAGAAAAUGUUGAUCGGCAAACGGACGACCAGGUAUCUGUGUCUAUCCAAGUCGGAAGGACUGCCGGGCUACAUAGUGGAGACGUUGAAGAUAAUAAACGAGAAGGAAAUUACUCCCGAAGGGUUCUCGCAGUUGAUGAGAACGGCGGACACUGAGCAAAAGGCAUGGCGCAAAAAGCAACUGGUCUAUCGGUUGGCUAAAAAGGGGUCCGCCAAACAAGCCGUUACGGAUAUCAUUCUGUGCUCCAGGCUUCGUCAGGCCCCGGAGGGUUUUACAUUGGCCGGAGAUAUAAAUGGCAUUCUAGUGUGCUUCAAACUAUCACCUGUGCCCCAUCGUCCAUCGCCAAGUGUGCCGACGCGGCAGAGCAUAACUGACCUUGAGAAAACUAUCGAAAAUUUGAAGAUACAGUCGAGCGUGAGUAAUCCACAACCGCAGGACCACGAGUACGAACAACUGCUGUCGUCAUAUCAGCUUUCACCAAAGCCUGUAGCCCCUAAGUCUCCCAUGUAUUCGACUGGUACACUGAACAUUCACACCGACGUGGAAGGUGUUCCGUUUAUGCUCAAUCCCGCUUUAAAACAUUACGCCACCGAAAUCCCACCCGUUUACAAGCUGACAGACACACAGCUAGAAUAUGAUUUUCACUUAGAGAGACAAGUACUGUGCACAACCAAAUCCCAAAACGUUCAAUUGACAAAUCCGUUCUUCCAAUAAGACGAUGAAUCGCAUUGCUACGUUUGUAAGCUCAUAUUCGCAACGUUCAACCUGAGCGCGAGCGAGCUUUCUAAGCUACGCGAUGAUUUACUACUGUUUCGAAAUGCUAAAGAAAUAGUGAAUGCUCGAAUAUACUCCAGCAUACAUAAUGGACGAAUCUGUAGAGACAAUAUCAACUUCCUUGCCCAAAUGCAUACGUUUGAUAACAAUUAAUUUUAAAUGUGUAUAUUAUACUAUUUUCCGAUAAGCUUCCGUUAGAGCAGGCAUGUCGAACUUGCCACUCGUGGUCCACACGUAACCCGCCAAGAAAUAGCGAAAGCUUUGUCUCUUUUAAAUCAGACAAAUGAAUCAUGAAUUUAAAAUUUUAUUCACAUCAGUGUAGGACAUAUAGGAAAAAAAUCCGAUACAAUGUUUUCCACGCCAUCCGCGAACCAAACCGAGUUUGACAUCACUGCGUUAGUGUUUUACAAUGACGAUGAAAAUAAAACUGUAUGGCUAAAAGAUUGAGAAGAAA